AAGAAAAACGCGCUCUCAAAACAAAGGAAGACGGGUCCUCGACUGCAGAGGAAGCAGGAAGCUCUGACCCUGCUCUGAGCCCAGCUGCCGGGGCCUGGGGACAGCGGGAUGGAGUCCGUGGCCCUGUACAGCUUCCAGGCCACGGAGAGUGAUGAGCUGGCCUUCAACAAGGGGGACACGCUCAAGAUCCUGAACAUGGAAGAUGAUCAGAACUGGUACAAGGCUGAGCUGCGAGGUGCUGAGGGCUUUAUUCCCAAGAACUACAUCCGCGUCAAGCCCCACCCGUGGUACUCGGGCAGGAUUUCCCGGCAACUGGCCGAAGAGAUUCUGAUGAAGCGGAACCACCUGGGAGCCUUCCUGAUCCGGGAGAGUGAGAGCUCCCCAGGGGAGUUCUCUGUCUCCGUGAACUACGGCGACCAGGUACAGCACUUCAAGGUGCUGCGCGAGGCCUCGGGCAAGUACUACCUGUGGGAAGAGAAGUUCAACUCCCUGAACGAGCUGGUCGACUUCUACCGCACCACCACCAUCGCCAAGCAGCGGCAGGUUUUCCUGCGGGAUGAGGAGCCCCUGCUCAAGGGCCCCCGGGCCUGCUUUGCCCAGGCCCAGUUUGACUUCUCGGCCCAGGACCCCUCACAGCUCAGCUUCCACCGCGGUGACAUCAUCGAGGUCCUGGAGCGCCUGGACCCCCACUGGUGGCGGGGCCGGUUCUGCGGACGCGUGGGCUUCUUCCCACGGAGCUACGUCCAGCCGGCCCGACACGAUGGACAAGCUCCGAGGGCAGGCCCCGGGCACAGCCACUUGGGGGACCUGGCUGCUCUGGCCUUCUCUGUGUAGGCCCAACUUCUGCCCGGACUGGGGUUCCCGGAGCUCAGGGAAGCUACAGGCCAGGCGGGAGGCCAGGGCCACCGCCGGACUUUGAGGUCCAACAGCAUCUGGGAUGGGACACUGGCCUGAGCACAGGCGGGGCGUCCACUUGGAAUGUGCCACCAGAAGCCAGUACUGACUAGCCCCUGCCCAGGGCCUGGGCACUUUGGGGAGCAGGAAGCAUGAAACGGGGCUCCGAAAGUGCUUCAAAUGCCAGGCUGAUGGUGGAAGGGGCAGGGAGCGGGGAGGGAGGGAGGGGACGGCCUCGUGGCAGCCAGGAGCAGCUGGGAUGGGAGGCAGGAGUCCAGGGAGGGGGGCUCCCCUCUGCCCAGGGCCGUCUGGAGACCCUUCAAGCCCCAAGCUGCUCCUGACCUGGGCCCGUGUAUUCAAAAUAAAAACAGGAAAAUGAGUAUAAGGAUGUUGAUCGGAAACCUCAUUUUCUUUGCUUUGUGCUGGUUUUGAAAUACCACCUUCUUUCUGUCCGUCGCCCCCGACCUUUUUAGGACUCCUCCUUUGCCGGCUCAACUGGUGUGUGGGCACCGGACCGGCUACGCAGUCGCGAGGGGAGUCCCUGGGUCUCUGGGCCUCGGUGUCCUCAGUGAAAGCAAGGUAGACCUGAGGAUUCCGAGCGCUCCGGCCUUCUUGGCCACGGGGCCAGCGUCAGGCGAAGUAGGCGUAGAAGAAAAUGUUGACACACAUGAGCAGGAUAGCGUUGAAGCCACACACACGGGCCCAGAAAGCGUGUUUCUGGCGUGUCCGGCCAUCGCCUGGAGGAGGUAGGAGGAGGAGAGGGAGACAGAUGAGGACCACAGGGCCACACUUCGUACUCCUACGUCCAGGGUGCCUUGGGGUGGGAGAGAGACUCAGAGCCUAGGGUCACACACGUACCUGCUUUGGCUCCCACGAGCACAUCCUGAGCCAAGGUCCACCAGGUAAGGUUCUCAAUCUGCGGAGAACGAUCGGGACGUGG